GUCAAGAAUCUGUAAGAUGCAUUAUAUUGUUAUGGACUUUCGUUUGUUUGUCUUACUUUCAUUUAAAUGGUUAUUUGUUAAAACUUGUACUUUCUGAAACAUAUGGACUGCUCUUGCUCAACCCUUCCCCUGUUUUACUAGAUGAGGUGGGUGUUUUAAGUCCAUUGGAUGGACAAGUGGAUUGUGUAUGAAGUGUGCAAUCACAGAAUAUGGGUUUGCAAACUGUUCCAAUGGGAUAGGCACGAUUUAUGUGAUAGUAUUAGGAGUGCAGUUGGCAGAAUCAGCAUCAAAAUGCUGAUGUGAGGUAGGAUGGAGAUGCAUAUUUGCAUGAGUGCAACUUUUUUUUUGGACAUAUAUAUUGAGUCUUUGAUUUUUAUGCAUCCUACGGUGAGAGUAAGGAUAUUUGACUCCAAUUGAAUCAUGAAGCUAUCUCAUUGCCAUGGCAAGGCUUUUGUUUCUUUGGUUGUCAUGAUGUUGAUCAUGACAGUAAUGGUAGAGCAGGGCCUCGGGCACACUUGUGGUAACACGUUCUUCUCAGCACUUGUGCAGCUAAUACCAUGCAGGACAGCCGUGUCCCCAUUUAGCCCUAUCCCGCCAAGUGACACCUGCUGCAACGCCGUCAAAACUUUGGGACAGCCUUGUUUAUGUGUUCUUGUCAAUGGCCCUCCAAUAUCCGGUGUUGAUCGGAGCAUGGCCUUGCAGCUCCCUGAUAAGUGUGCCUCUAAUUUCGAUCCAUGUGAAUUAAGGAAGUAAAACUGGGCAGGUAGAGUUCCGGAGAUAUUGUAAUAAAUAAAGAGGUCCUUGAAAUGCCACAGAUAGGAUUCCAUGAAAUUUUAUGAUGAUGUUGCUAAUAAGGAAUAGAUUUUUUUUAGCUUAGUUAAAAUUUCGUCCAUUUUACUUGUCCAUUAAUUAGGUGGCUUCUCAUUUCUGUAAAACGGCAGGCUGAACUGUUAUACGUAAUCUUUUUUACUGCUGGUGUAUAAAAACUAAAAGUAUCGCUAUUUGGCUAUCUUUGGCCAUUUAUAUCCCUUCUUUCUCA